AUUCCAGCUGGUGAUUGCACGGUGCUCGGAUAUAGGUUAAUAGUUGGUUUGAUGUGACGAUAGGCAUUCUUGGAAUAGUUUUCGCUUCAUGUGAAAUUCGUGAACAAUAGAACACGUUUCAGUGGACGCUAAACUAAAGUGCUACUAUAAAAUAAAUUGUGUCGAACAGUGAGCAGAUCAAUAGUUGCAAGAACGAUUUUAAAGUGAAUUAAGUCUCGUUUACAGCGAAACUUAUUGCUGUGUUACCAAGAAGCCGAAAGUAAAUGGUGAUUCAGUACAUAAACUUGCUGUCGGAGGGAUUACCGAAUUAGAGAACUACAACUCAAGAUGGCACCGAACGUCCUCGGUAACACGCUUCUUCUAGCGGAGGCGUGCAUCGAGCAGGAAGAUCAGAACAACAAUCAAAUUAAAACAAACAAAUCAAUCUUGAACGUGCGAACAACCGAAACUCUGGGAAAAACGCGUGUGCAGGCCGAAGAUAUCAAGAAGACUGAGCAGCAAACCACCUCCUCAGUCAGCAGUAGCAGUAGUAGCAGUCGCGCUUAUCCGAAAGUGUUGGUUUGGCGCAACAUAAUCGCCUUCAUUUAUCUCCAUGGCGGAUUUCUGUACGGAACUUACCUUCUUUUCACGUCCGCCAAGUUCAGUACAUUCCUCUUAGCCCUCGCCCUAGGAAUGUUUGGCGCUUUCGGUAUCACGGCUGGAGCCCACCGGUUGUGGUCGCACCGUUCGUACAAGGCCAAGUGGCCGCUCCGGUUGAUACUGAUGCUGUCGCAGUCGUUAGCCUUCCAGAAUAGUAUCUACGAGUGGACGCGGGACCAUCGGGUGCAUCACAAGUUCACCGAUACGGACGCCGAUCCGCAUAACGCACAGCGUGGCUUUUUCUUCUCGCACAUCGGCUGGCUGAUGGUGAAAAAGCAUCCCGACGUUAGGAACCGGGGAAAGGCCGUCGACAUGAGCGACCUAGAGACGGAUGGGAUCGUAAUGUUCCAGAAGAAAUACUAUGCUAUUUUGAUGCCAUUGCUGUGCUUUGUCAUUCCGACCUUCAUGGCGCAUUACUUCCUCGGUGAGACUCUGUCUAACUCGUGGUAUGUGGUGGCCAUCUUCCGCUAUGUACUGUCUUUGAAUGGAACAUGGUUGGUCAACAGUGCAGCGCAUAUUUGGGGAACCAAACCGUACGAUAGGAAAAUUUCCCCAACGAACAGUACCUUCGUGGCGAUUGCAGCCGUUGGUGAGGGAUGGCAUAACUAUCAUCACGUGUUUCCCUGGGACUACAAGACGUCGGAGUUGGGCAAAUACAGUACUAAUUUAACAACGGCUGUCAUUGACUUUUUCGCUAAAAUUGGCUGGGCGUACGAUCUGAAGUCGGUAUCAGACGAAAUGAUCAAGAAGCGGGUGCUGCGAACCGGCGACGGAACGCAUCCGUACAGCCAGGAACGACUACAGGAGCAGAUGGUGGACUACGUUAACAAUCUGGAUCAUGAGAGCGAAAACGUUAUUUGGGGAUGGGACGAUGCGGAUAUGGAUGAGGAAGACAAGAAGGAUGCCACCGUUAGUAAUAAGAUGGAUUGACUGGGUUGUGGGUGUUUCUUUGUGUCGUGUGUAGGAAAAGGCUGAAAUGUCUCGGGAACCGUUUGUUCGGAAGCUUUUCACGUUCUUCGGGAAUUCUCUUUAUGUUAUACACUUUUCCGAGUAGCUGCUAGUAGGAUUAGAUAGUGAUCAGCCAGAACGUAACCGUAGAUCAAAUGAAGUUGUAUUUAUUUGGCGGCUGUGUUGUUUUUGCCUAGGGCAAAAAGCUGCACAACAGAAAACGCGCACUCGGUUGGAUAAUGUAGAUUAGAUAAUAAAUUAGAUACAAGAGGAUAUUUACAAUCAUA